GAGAAGAAGCAGGAGGAGGAACCAUGAUCGACCUGAGCCACCUGACGGAGGAGGAACAGGGGAAGAUAAUGACGGUGCUGAGGAGGGACGCUGAGCUGAAGAAGGCCGAGGAGGAGAGAAUAAGGAAGCUGGAGAAAAUACUUCACAGCGACCCGCAGACGGACACCAACCUCAAGUACAUGACGGGGGAGUGGUUUUACGAGGCCAAGUCCCUCAGACACCAGGACAAGAUCCACGGCUCGGAGAUCAUCCUGGCCUCCAUGAAACAAGGGAAGGCGGUUGGUUUAGAUGGAUCCCUUCGACUUGACAGAUCCAAGGCGCUCAGCAGUCGAGGUUCAGACCUUGUUCCUCCGAUGAAACCUGCCAGAUGUAGGGAAGGACUACAGCCACAGGAGAUCAAUGAUGCAGAAAAAGAGAAUCGAAUUUCCGCGUUUCGCUCCCCAAGAACGCCAAGGCACAACCCAUUUAACCGUCCUUCCCUCAGUAUUUUUGAGCCUCCUGAAAAUAACCACGACUUGUCAAUCAUUCAGGACAAGGAGUCCCCAGAGACAGAGCCCAUCUGUCCACUGAAGAACCCUCCAGCCGGUGAGACCAGCCAGACUUCGGGAGGCUCCGUCACAUCAGAGGGCUCCUCUGUAGGUUUUAGGCCGGUGCCAAAGAAGAGGACGUUUCUCUCAAGACGCAAUCAGACAGAAAGCAAUGGCUUGGGCUCGGACGCUCAGGUGGGGUCGGCCGGGAUUGUUCCUGCCCCAAGAUCGAACCUCCAGCGGGGGUCCAGCGGGAGCUCGAACCAGUCCUGCCUGAAGAGCCAAGAAGAAGUGCCUCAGAAAAGUGCAGUGACGGUUUCUAAUCAGGAAUCUCAGUCUGCAGAGGAAGAUUCCCUGCAGCCGCCGUGUGACGUUCCUCAAGUUUUCCCUAAUUCAAGUAUGGAGAGAGAACGAAAACCACCUUCUAUAACAAGAGACAGACCUUACGUCAGGACUGACGAGUCCACUGAGAAACUGCAGAAGAGAGAAGAACAAGACGAUCAGACCCAAAGACAUAAUGCAGCUUUGAACUUAGUCGCCCAAAACACCAACAAAAUCCAGGACAAAGAAAGCAACAGACAUGUAGGGACAGCAAUGAGGCAGGAAGAGCCGAGUUUACCGCAAAGCACCGUGGGCGAAAACGACGAUGACCAGAAUCCUGUAAGGAAAGCACUAUGGAGGGCAGAGACAAGGCCCAAAAAUCUGGCUAAAAGCAUGGAGGACAUCACCGCAUCGCUAUCACCACGACAAGAGAGAAGACAAGACCCAACGCCUGACCUCAGACGUGUUAGUGAUGCUUCCACCAUCCCGUCACCCUCCUCGUCCUUAUAUUCGGACCCAGACCACCUGAAGAAAAUGAGCAAAUCGGUUCCUUCAUUCCUACAGAAGGAGGACGCUGGCGGAGACGCCGACUCCAUCUACAAGGACAGUUAUCAGCGAAGACGACUAACGAUGGGCAGCUCAAUGACUAACCUCACCAGCUCCUCUGGCUUGGCCUCUGUGUCGUACGUCAAGAGCUACCUGGUUCCUGACAAAGCCAAUCUUGGAAAGAGGAAAACAUCUGUGAAAAAGAAGACUCUUAACCCGACUUUUAACGAGAUCCUCAGAUAUCGAGUUCGCAUGGAGUAUCUCAGGACACAGACGCUCAUUCUCUCCGUCUGGCAUCACGACACCUUUGGCAGGAACAGCUUCCUGGGUGAGGUGGACGUGGAGCUCUCCAAGUGGGACUUCGACCACACCCAGAUGAAUUACUUAGCUCUGAAAGCAAGGGCAACGCCCACUGUGGCGCCAUCAAACGGCCGAGGAGAGAUGAGACUCGCCAUACGUUUCCUGCCUCAGAUCAUCCACAGUGAAGGUAUCGCUAAAGAUGGUCCCAACACCGGAGAGAUUCACAUCUGGGUGAAAGAAUGCAAGAACCUGCCUCUAAUCCGAGCCACCAUCGACCCAUAUGUUAAGUGCUUUGUGCUGCCAGACACGAGCAGGAAAAGCCGGCAGAAGACGCGAGUGCUGCGGAGGACGGUGGAUCCGGUGUUUAACCACACGAUGGUGUAUGACGGCAUCACGGAGGCCGACCUCAACGAGGCCUGCGUGGAGCUCACCGUCUGGGACCGAGACAGACUCGCAAGCAACCUGCUGGGUGGCCUGAGGCUCGGAGCUGGAACAGGCAGAAGUUAUGGAGCGCCGGUGGACUGGAUGGACUCGAGUCCUUAUGAGGUGGCUCUGUGGGAGCGAAUGAUGGCUUCUCCGACUGAGUGGGUGGAGGACGUGCUCCCACUGAGAAUGCUGAACUCUGCAAAAACUGCUUUCAAAUAAGUAGGUUCUAACAAACGUCCACGAGAAAAUAUAUUUAUACGUAUACUAUAUAUAUUUUGCAGGUAAAAAAAAGAAAAAGUAAAUUAAUUUUUGUAAAGAUUCAUUGCAUUGAUGGAGUUUGAAAAAAGCUUUUCAAGAAUAUCCAACGUCUGGUGAAAAAUGAAGUAACCGAACUGAAGAGAAAGAUUGGAAUCAACAAUAUGGGCGUCAUUUUACAGAAACCUGUGGUGCCGUCCAACAAAGCAGUUUCGUAUGAAGGGGUGGUUUUGUGAACACUCCAGGAUGUCGGCUGAAGCUCCUCAAGUUUUUAAAGAAACGGGGGUUAAAGUUAGAAACAAACCUCUCUGGAGAUUGAGUUGUGUCGAGAUCCAGACACGACUUUAAAACUUUAAAUAGGAAGUAACAAGAACUUUCGUCUAUUUAGGUUCUAAGAGCUUUAGUAGAAGGUAACUGGAGUUCCUGAAGAUGUUUCACCUCAUGUUCAGGAUGAUUCUUAAGUUCUAACUGACUGAUGGAAAGUCACAAAUGUUAAUUGUCUGAAAUAUAUCUGAAAACAUAUCUCAAGACUCAAGGUGUUGAUGGUGUUGAAACUGUCUGGGAAGAGAUCUGAAGACUGCAUUAUACACUCACCGGCCUCUUUAUUAGGUACACCUGUCCAGCUGCUCGUUAACACAAAUUUCAGCCAAUCACAUGGCAGCA